AUGUGGCCCUCCUCUCCACCAGGCCCUCCCCCACAGGCACACCCACACGCUAUAGUCAACCCCCUUCGCGACGAGGAACAGCAAGCACUGCCCCCGCCGUCGUAUUACUCUUCUGUUCUCCAGCCUGCCGGGGGUAACAACAACCAACAGGAGCAGCCACCACCAGUGGACAACAAAGAACUAGAAACACAACCCCCAAGGAUAGGAGACCGAGCCCCGAGCCUAGGGCCAAGUAUCACCUUCCCAACAGACAAACCCCUCCUGGUAGUCUUCCUUCGAUACUGCGGAUGUCCAUUCGCAGAACAAGCUUUCACCACCCUCGCCACCUUUUCCACCACCCACCCCUCCAUCACCUGCAUAGCAAUCACCCAAUCCCCCCCCUCCGAAUCCGACACCUGGAUCAUCUCCCUCGGCGGCCUCUGGUCCAUCUCCACCGUCAUCCCCGACCCGUCUUUGUCACUCUACCAUUCCUGGGGAUUACACCAAAACAGGUCAUGGUACGACUGGUUUGUGGAGAACCUCAAAGUUCCCAUCACUAAGCCGGUGAAUGUCACCAAUCUGGAGCAUAAGCCUCAUGGGAGGUACGAAGGAGAGAAUAAGUGGCAGCAGGGGGGCGCGUUUGGGAUUGACCAGGAUGGGUUUGUGAGGUGGGCUUGGGUAGGGAGGAAGGUGGAUGAGGUUGUGGAUUUUGAAAGGGGCGGGGUGGUGGAGGCGCUUUUGGGGAGGGAGAAACAGAAGAAGAAGAAGGGGGGAGAGGGGGGGGACAAUAAAGAUGAGGGGGGUGGGAAUGGACAGCUGAUGUAGUAUGAGGUUGUGCUUGAUGAUUGGGAGAGUGAGUGAUCAAGGGGGGAGAUGGCAAUACAGAGAUGAGGAGAAAGAGAUGUGCAGUAGAGUUAAUAAUCAGUAUUCAUUCAAUCAGUGU